AUGGGGGAUUUAUAUGCUUUGGAUUUAGCUGUUGAGAGAGCUCCCUCUCUGCUUCUAUUCAACGGCGUGGAUUCAACUUUGGAGGAUUGGGUUGUUGAGCAGAUGCACAUAGCGAGAAUACCUUCUAUACGAAAGUCAUCGGUCGCGGAAGGGAUUAUAGUGGAGGGGAUAUUGGAGAAGUGGUCAGAGCUGAAGCCUGUGAUUAUGGAAGAGUGGGGUGAGGAGAGGGAUGCUCUUAUUAAUCUUUUUGGGAAGGUCAGGGAUGAGUGGAUGGAUGAGGACCUAACAACUUGGAUUGGUGCAAAUAGAUUAUAUCCAGGUGUUCCUGAUGCAUUAAAAUUUGCAAGCUCAACCAUAUACAUUGUCACCACAAAACAGAGCCGAUUUGCUGAUGCUUUACUGCGAGAACUUGCAGGAGUUACAAUACCGCCUGAAAGAAUAUUUGGUCUUGGAAGUGGUCCCAAGGUAGACGUAUUGAAGCAGCUUCAAAAGAAACCAGAUCAUCGGGGGCUGAAACUGCACUUUGUCGAAGAUCGACUGGCAACCCUAAAGAAUGUGAUCAAAGAACCUGAAUUGGAUGGUUGGAAUUUGUAUCUAGGUGAUUGGGGGUACAAUUCACAGAAGGAGAGGGAGGAGGCAGCUACAAUUCCCAGGAUUCGGAUCCUUGAGCUUUCUGACUUCAGUAAGAAGUUGAAGCAUGAAGACAUACCUGGAGCCAUCUUCCUUGAGUACACAGCUUCUGAAUUCAUCCAAUCCGUUGCAGCAGCAAUCCUAGCAAAACAGGAACGGCUCAAGACUUCUGCUCUCUCUCAGAAUCUAUUUCAGCUCUCUCUUUUUGAUGAGAAUAGGUUUAGAGAACGUGUCUGA